AUGAGGUUAAAUGUCUGGCAAACAUGGGCGACUCAACGAAAAGUAAACCCAAAAAUGGAAGAAUACGAGCACGAACAACUCGAUAAAAUGUUGCAAAUCUUCUAUACAGAAAUACGCACAAAAGACGGGUGUGAGUACGAACCUGAGAGUUUAAAAUCCAUGCUGGCAGCCCUCGACCGCUAUUUAAAAGAGCAUGACUACAAGUACUCUAUUAUACGAGACCGAGAGUUUCACCAGUCGAAGUUGGUACUCGAAGGAAAAGUGAAGUGUCUCCGUCAACAAGGAAAAGGCAAGAGACCCAACGCCGCGAACGCACUGACAGCCGAAGAAGAAAAAAAUGCUAUGGA